AUGGACGAGAGCAACCAGUUGCGCGAAGGUGUCGGGAUGCCGGGACUCGACGGUGCUGUUGCAGAUACACCGUCUGCCUCUGCCUCUGCCUCUGCCACAGCCAUCACCACAACCACCACAACCACAACCGCAGCCUCUGCCACAGCAGCCACAGUCUCUGGCAUAUUCUCAACACCCACAUCUGCAUCUGCACCCGCUACUUCUCCUGCUCCUGCCAUGACGGCCAUCGCGGAAGGCCGUCCUCGACUGCCGGUCAUGCCGGCAACUUCAUCCUCCCUACGAACCACGUCCGGCAUGAUGACGCCCUCCUCCACUCCGCUUGGCCAUGUCAACGCUGCCCGCCGUCCUGGGCCCCUGCCGGCUCGCGUAAGCCAGUCCAGUGGCCUCACCCAGGAUAUCCAGGAGAAGAUGAAGGCCUUCUCCCUCUCCCGCCAGGGUGCUCCCGCCAACGGUAACAACAGCCACGACAGGCUGCCCGGCCUGCCCAUAGCUUCCCCCCAGCCUACAACUCCCUGGUCUCCGCCGUCAGCAGUUCAGGGCGGUGCAGCGGCCGCUCCCAUGGGGCGUACGCCUACUCCCAAACUGGGCGGAGGAGGCCUGGCUGCCAAGCGAGGUAUGGCAGGCGGCAUGAAACUGUCAAACGUCACCGGACAGCCUCCCGGUGCGGCUCCCGGUGCACAAAACGCCAGCUCUGGUGGCGGUGGUGUUGGUAGUGGUGGUGUCAACGGGGGCUCAGCUGGUCUUUCAAAGGCUACCGGCUCCUCGCAGUCGUCGAAUGCGCCCGUCUCAGCUUUUAGCAAGUACUCGGACCUCAUCGACACAAAAGCUGGCACUAUCAACUUCCAAAACAAGGCCAUCAUCCAUGGCGGAGGCAUCGAUUUCUCCUCGGGCCAGAGUUUCAGCAUAUCCCUGGACGAAGUCGAGUCUCUCAGCGAGCUGGGAAAGGGGAACUACGGUACUGUCUACAGAGUACGGCACUGUCGGCCUAAACUACGACGGCCUGGUCUCGGCUUGAAGGGGACCAUGGCAGUAGGCAAUCUGCCAGAUAGCAACAACAACCACAACGCCAACGCCAACACCAAUACCAAUACCAACAACAACAACAAUAAUAAUACCUCUGACUCUCCCGAUACAAACUCAAACAUAAAAAAGGACAAGGGUGAUCUUACAAACGUCAUCAUGGCCAUGAAGGAGAUUCGGCUCGAGCUCGACGAAGCGAAAUUCACUGCCAUCAUCAUGGAACUCGACAUCCUGCACCGCUGUGUCUCACCCUUCAUCAUCGAUUUCUACGGCGCCUUCUUCCAGGAAGGUGCUGUCUACAUCUGCGUCGAGUACAUGGACGGUGGAUCCAUGGAAAAAGUCUACGGGGGCGGCGUGCCUGAAAACAUCUUACGCAAAAUCACGCUGUCUACCGUCAUGGGUCUCAAGUGUCUCAAGGACGAACACAACAUCAUCCAUCGAGACGUGAAACCAACCAACAUCCUCGUCAAUACGCGUGGACAGAUCAAGAUCUGCGACUUCGGUGUCAGCGGAAACCUUGUUGCAAGCAUUGCAAAGACAAACAUUGGCUGCCAGAGUUACAUGGCUCCCGAACGUAUCGCCGGUGGCGGACACCCUGGUAACGCCGGUGGAGGCACGUACAGCGUUCAGUCUGAUAUCUGGAGCUUGGGCUUGACCAUUGUUGAAUGCGCAAUUGGCAGAUACCCUUACCCGCCUGAAACAUACAACAACAUCUUCAGUCAGCUCAACGCAAUUGUGCAUGGGGACCCACCAACUCUACCCGAUGAAGGCUUUUCCCCCGAAGCAAAAGACUUCGUCGCAAGCUGCUUGCAGAAAAACCCCGCUGCCAGACCAACUUACGCAAACCUCAUUCGACAUGUGUGGGUGAGAAAGCUCAUGCAACCCCCAACCGCUGCACCAGAUGCAGCGGGAGCAGUCGAAGCUACAGGAUCAGCAGAACCCACCGAAGUCAAGGUUCCUGAUGCACCCGAUCAUAACACAGACACCUACGAUGAAGAAGUCGCCGCGUGGGUUCGGGAUGCUCUUGAACGAAGAAGAACAGGCCAAGUUAAUGGCAAGGAACGGCCCGCUUUGCACGCCGUCGCACUGGACGCUGUGCCUAAAAGCCCUUUACUCGAAAAACAACAUCUAGUUUGA